AUGAAUCCUCAUAUCAAACCAGUCCUUCUGCACGUGCACGCCUCCGGCCCGAAUCCCGUAAAGAUUGCAAUCGCAUUGGAAGCAUUGAAGGUCCCAUACGUCGUCAAGCACUGGGACUUCAGUGACAACCCAGAAACCGGGGUAAAGGGUAGUAAAUUUCUUCAAAUCAACGAGAAUGGUCGAGUCCCGGCAAUCGAGGACCCCAACACUGGUGUUACCGCCUGGGAAUCAGGUGCUUGCAUGAACUACAUUCGCCGCGUCUACGACCUUAACAACACAAUCGGACCUGCCGGUGGCUCGGGACAAGAUCUAGUUGAUUUCGAGAAAUGGGAGUAUUUCCUCUUGUCGACUCUUGGUCCGAUGACGGGACAGGUCAACUGGUUCAGGCACUUCCAUCCCUCGAAGAAUGAGGACGCACUGCAAAGAUAUGUUGCUCAGGUCUAUCGGUGCUACGAUGUUCUUGAGGGCCAGUUACAGAAAUCGGUAGGCAUGAGUAUCUUGCCUAGCAGAACUACUGCUGUUGAUUUUCAUUUCCUGCCUUGGGUGAAAUGCUAUUCCUUUGCGGGUCUCUCGCUUGACAAUUAUCCUCUGAUUAGAAAGUGGUUUGGGCUAAUGGAAGCUCGCGAGGACGUUCAGGAAGCUUAUGCUAAGAUUCACAAUACUGUACCGAAAUAG